UGAUGCUCUUGGCCAUGAUGUGCCCCCAACUGCUGUCUUCUCAGGCCCAGCCUGUGUGACUGAGCGAUCACUGCUCCAGCUGUUUCACGUCAUCAUUCCCUUUACUGAACAGUUUGAUGGGGCACCGGGCGGAUGACAGCGGGAACGGUUGUAAUCACUGGCGGAAUCCUAGCCACGGUGAUCCUACUCUGCAUCAUCGCUGUCCUGUGCUACUGCCGCCUCCAGUAUUAUUGCUGCAAGAAGAGUGGAGCAGAGGAUGCAGAUGAGGAAGAGGAGGAGGAGCACGACCUCCCUACGCACCCCAGAGGUCCCACAUGCAAUGCCUGCAGCUCCCAAGCUCUGGACGGCCGAGGCAGCCUGGCACCUCUUGCCAGCGAGCCCUUCAGCCAACCGUUCGGGGAGGUGGGCAGCUAUUGUACUGCCUGCUCCCCAUACAGCUCUCCCUUUUAUAUACGGACGGCUGACAUGGUGCCCAACGGGGGAGGAGGCGAGAGGCUGUCCUUUGUGCCCCCGUACUACAAGGAAGGGGGUCCCCCACCCCUCAAAAUGGCAAUGCCCCAGAGUUAUCCGGUGACCUGGCCAGGCUCUGGGCACGAGGCCUUCACCAAUCCAAGGGCUAUUAGUACAGACGUGUAA